AAAACUAAGGCGACCUGUUAGUACACUUAACCAAUGUCCUGCGUACAUGUCGAAGUGAUGCACAUCCCAGGCACUUCAUACAACAGAGUUUUAUUUAUUUACUUCUUCACGUCUUCUUGUUCUAACUAAGUUUCAUGAAAAAGAACUUUCACCAUCAUGUCUUUCACAGACGAAAACAACGAGAGAGCACCUCUCCUUGGGGGAGAAAAUCACCAAAACAUGGGCAAGAAGGACGAAGCAAAGACAGCGAAUGAGAAUGGGGGUUACGGCGGAGUGAAGUCCUCUGGAGUGGCUAUUAAAGAGCUUGGAGAUGAUAGCGAUACCAGCAGUGUCGAAAUUAAGGACGGUGAGGAUAAAAGGAAGGUUCCAUUGAGUACAUUGUUCAGGUAUGCUACUGCUUUCGAUUAUUUCAUCAUGGUCAUUGGAGGUCUCGCUGCCUUGGCACACGGUGCUGGCUGGCCGGUACUCAAUCUUUUCUUUGGUGAUCUUAUUGAUGAAUUCAUUGACUUUGAUACUGAUAAUACCACUGCUAUUCCAAUCCUCCCACCUGGCGUGACGUACCCUCCCUUUGAUCCGAUGGAGGAGUUUGAUAAGCAGAUGAGAAAGUAUGCCUUGACAUUUACUUAUGUCGGGAUAGCCGUUGUGUUUGCUUCAUACAUACAGGUAUCAUGUUGGAGUCUGUCGUGCGAGAGGCAGAGCCAUAAACUAAGGAAGGAAUUCUUCCGAGCCAUUCUCCAUCAAGAGAUUGCAUGGUUUGAUAAGCACCAAAGUGGAGAGCUUACGUCUAGAUUAGCAGAUGACAUGGAGAGGGUUCGAGAAGGUCUGGGUGACAAGAUCGCUGUUUGCCUUCAGUUUUUAUCCCAGUUUGCAACAGGUUUUGCCAUUGGAUUCUGGAAGAGCUGGGAGCUUACUCUUGUUAUCAUGUCACUGACGCCUCUUCUUGCCAUAGCAGGUGGAUUCAUGGCCUUCUUGAUAACAUCAUUCUCCAAAGCAGAGCAGGAGGCCUAUGCCAAGGCUGGCAGUGUUUCUGAAGAGGUUUUGGCUUGCAUAAGGACUGUCAUAGCAUUUGGAGGAGAACACAAAGAAAUUAAGAGAUAUGAGAAAGAGUUGGAAGGUGCAAAGAAGAUUGGAAUAAAGAAGGGAGUCAUCACAGCCUUUGGUCUUGGUCUAACUUUCUUCAUCAUGUUCUCAGCGUAUGCAUUAGCUUUCUGGUAUGGGCCUAAGAUGGUCAGCGAAGGUCGUCUGACUGGAGGAGAGGUCAUGACCGUCUUUUUCUGUAUCAUGAUUGGAUCGUUCUCGAUCGGGAACAUGAUCCCGCCUCUCAGCACCGUGGCAACGGCAAGGGGAGCGGCCGUGAUGCUCUUUGAUGUUAUCGAUGAGGAGCCUGUAAUCGAUAUGCGCUCCGAGGAAGGUCUAAAACCCAACACCAUAACAGGGAACAUUGACUUUGAAAAGGUUGAAUUCACGUACCCAUCUCGCCCUGAUGUACCUGUCUUGAAGGGUAUUAGUCUGAGCGUUAAGACAGGACAGACUGUCGCCCUCGUGGGUUCUAGCGGAUGCGGGAAAUCGACAACAGUCAAUCUCUUGUUGAGGUUCUAUGAUAUUCUUGGAGGAAGGAUAUUAAUCGAUGGCAAUGAAGUACGUGACCUGAACCUUCGAUGGCUUCGUCAACACAUUGGUGUCGUUAGCCAGGAGCCGGUCCUGUUCAACUGUUCCAUAGAAACCAACAUCUCUUACGGACGUGAUGGUGUCACUAAGGAGGAGAUGGUCAAUGCUGCUAAGAUGGCCAAUGCUCAUGAUUUCAUCAUGAAAUUACCCAAGGGUUAUGAUACAAUUGUUGGUGAGCGUGGAGCCCAGUUGUCUGGUGGUCAGAAGCAGAGAGUAGCCAUCGCUAGAGCUCUGGUCAGUAACCCUAGUAUUCUACUCCUUGACGAAGCUACUUCUGCUUUGGAUAGUGAGAGUGAGAAGGUGGUCCAACAGGCUUUAGACAGGGCCUCUGAGGGACGCACCACCAUCGUCAUCGCCCAUCGCCUGUCUACCAUCCAGAAUGCUGACAUCAUCUACGCAUUGAAUGAUGGGAAGGUGGUGGAGUUUGGAACCCACGCAGAGCUAAUGAAAGCUGAUGGAACCUACAAACAAUUGGUAACCCUCCAGAUGAUAGGCAUGGAGGAAGGGGAAGAUGAUGAAGAUGAAGAAGGAGACAGCAAACACCAGACAGAUAAGCUGGCCAGACAGCUCUCUCGUCAGAAGUCUCGUCACAUGUCAACAAGCAGCAAUCAGGAUAAAAAGAAAGAUGAAACAGAAGAGGAGGAAGAAGAGAUUCCUAAAGCUAGUUACUGGGAGGUUCUGAAGCUGAACGCCCCUGAGUGGUAUCUGAUCGCCAUCGGCUGUUUCUUUUCAGCCAUUCUCGGAGUCACUAUGCCGGUCUUUGCUAUCCUUUUCAGUGAGAUCAUCAAGAUCUUUAGUUUACCUUCCGACGAGAUGACGGAGCAAGCCGUGUUUUGGUCCUGUAUGUUUGUAGCUCUGGGCGGGACCAUGUUUGUUGGAUAUGCCGUCAGCAUCACGUGUCUUGCAAUAUCCGGAGAACGACUGACGAUGCGGCUACGUAGUAAAGCAUUCUCCACCAUUCUUAGACAGGACGUUGCCUACUUUGACCAACCUACUCACAGCACUGGUGCCUUAGCUACACGUCUUUCUGCUGAUGCUUCUAAUGUGAAAGGGGCCACAGGGGUGCGUCUCAGCACUCUCUUCCAGACAGCAGUUACCUUGGCUGCAGCCAUCGUUAUAGGGUUUGUCUUUGGCUGGAAGUUAGCCUUGGUUGUCUUAGCUUGUGUCCCGUUGCUUGUUGCUGCUGGCGGGUUGCAGCUGAGGCUAAUGCAAGGAACUCAGAAAAGAGACUCUGAAUUACUUGAAGAAGCUGGAAAGAUUGCCGCUGAAGCAAUAGAGAAUGUCCGAACUGUUGCCUCACUCACCCUAGAAGAUAAAAUGUACCAGGGAUAUGCUGACAUGCUCCAGCUACCAUUUGUUCAGGGCCAGAUCAACACGCAGUAUUAUGCCAUAGCGUUUGGUAUCACCCAAGGGAUGGUGUUCUUCCUGUAUGCUGCAGCCUUCAGGUUUGGGGGUUACCUCGUUGCUCAGGGAGAGAUGACCACAGAUGAAGUAUUCAAAGUUGUCUUUGGUAUUGCCUUUGCUGGUAUUUCACUUGGUCAAGCCUCAGCAUUCUUGCCAGACUAUGCCAAAGCCAGGCACUCUGCCAACAUCAUUUUGAAUUUAUUCGCCACCAAACCUCUCAUUGAUAACUACUCCAAGAGUGGCCUAAGACCAAGUAAUUUGAAUGGAGAGAUUUCCUACGAUGCCAUCAAUUUCAAGUAUCCUACAAGACCCGACAUUGAGAUUCUCAAAGGACUGAGUUUAACCAUCAAACCGGGCCAGACUGUGGCUCUUGUAGGAGAGAGCGGGUGUGGAAAGAGUACCCUGGUAUCACUCCUUGAGAGAUUCUAUGAUCCAGAACUAGGCUCUGUGUCUGUUGAUGGCAAUAGCAUCAAGGAUCUCAACGUCCAGUGGCUUAGAGCAAACAUGUCAGUCGUUAGUCAGGAGCCCAUUCUCUUCGCCUGUUCAAUCAAAGAAAAUAUUCAGUACAGCGUGGAUAAGGAGAUGGACAUGGCUGACAUCGAGAGGGUCGCCAAGAUGGCUAAUAUCCACGGUUUCAUCUCAGGUUUGCCUAUGGGAUAUGAUACGCUAGUAGGAGAGAAAGGAGCUCAGUUAUCUGGAGGGCAGAAACAGAGAGUAGCCAUUGCCAGAGCUCUGGCCAGGAAUCCACGGAUCCUACUCCUCGAUGAAGCUACUUCAGCACUUGAUACAGAAAGUGAAAAGAUUGUGCAAGAGGCUCUAGACGCUGCAGUAGAAGGCAGGACCUCUAUUGUCAUUGCUCAUCGUCUCUCCACGGUUCAGAACGCUGACGUCAUCGCUGUUAUCAGAGAUGGGAUCGUUGUCGAGAGCGGAAGUCACCAAGAACUUCUCAACAAGAAGGGUCAUUAUUACACCCUGACAGGAGGUCAAAGGUCAUAAUGGCCAUUACCAGGAUAGACUAUUAUCCAGCCUUUUAUAAGAACAAAAAAUAUAUGAUUGGUUCAUCUAAUUCAUCUCGGAGAUAUAAUAUGCCAUCG